UGUGCGUCAAGGUGGAGGCGGAGUUCGUGGGAGGCGAGCGCGGGGAGGGAGCGAGCGGGACGCCAGCGAGUGCGAGCGAGCCAACGAGCCAGCCGGAGCACGAUUCGCUAGAAUAUGCGGUGCGCUGGCGGCGCGGGGCGGGCCGCUGCCGUGCCCGCGGUGCGCCAAACUAUUCAAGACCCCCAGCCUGCUGAAGACGCACGCGAGGGUGCAUACCGGGGAGCAACCCUUCGAUUGCCAUUUGUGCGACAAGAAAUUCAAAAAAUCUAGCAGGCUCAAGAAACAUUACCUGUACCACACUGGGGUAAAACCGUACCCGUGCGAGAUAUGUAAAAAAGAAUUUGCAACAUCGAGUACGUUAAAGGUCCAUGAACGGAUUCAUACCGGUGAGAAACCACACUUGUGCGGAAUUUGUAAAAAGAGGUUCAUUCAAAUAGGCCAUUUACGGGAACAUGAGAAAACCCAUACGGGUGCAAAACCUUACCCGUGCGACACAUGCGGUAAGUCGUUUGGACGACCGCAGGAGUUAAUGCGGCAUCAACGACUCCAAACGGGGGAGAAGCCUUACUCCUGCGCAACAUGUAACAAAAGUUUUAGAAGUUUAAGUACUCUAAAGAGUCAUGAACGGACCCACACCGGUGAAAAGCCGUACUCAUGCCAAGUGUGUAGAAAAGAGUUUACAACAUCUUACAGAUGUAAGAGACAUAGAUGCUGUCCCUCUGAUUAGCAGUAUUAUACAUAGAAUUGCAGGGAGUCGAUAUCUAUACCGUCAUAGUUCUAUUCAAUUUGUCAACACACAAAAACAAACAUAUAAAGGACCGCACUAAAAACAUU